AGCCUACAUUUAAGAAAAACAACCCGAAGGAGUUAGUUGUUUUGUUGACCGCCGAAAUAUUCCAUUAGUUCAUCUAACAUAGACAAUUAUAGUGAAUACUGACAGAAAAUAUGUUUUCAUUCAGACGGAUAAUUGGUGACAAAAUGGUUGACUAACAUAUUUACCCAAACCCGUGCUGCAUGCACCCUUCAUUCGUUCUUUCUUUGUCUUAAGACAUUCCACUUCAACCAUUUUACCAGCCAAACGGGUUAGCAACAAUAUGCUCUCAAAAGAAGAAAAAGAGCUGAUUGCUCAAAUAUGGGAGAAAAUGAUUCCAAUUGCUUCCGAAAUCGGAUCUGAAUCCCUUCAUAGGAUGAUGACCACUUUUCCCGGAACGAAGACAUACUUUUCCCACCUCGACAUCAGACCCCGGUCCAAGCAAAUGCUGUCCCAUGGUAAGAAGAUUGUUCUAGCGAUAGCGGAGUGUUCCAAAGACAUCAGCUCGAUGAUGGUUACCCUGGCACCGCUACAAACGCUGCAUGCCUACAAACUCAAAAUAGACCCCUACAACUUUAAGUAUCUCUCUCACUGUUUAAUCGUGACUUUGGCGGCUCACAUGGGCAGUGACUUCGACCCAGUUGCGCAUGCGGCCAUGGACAAGUUCCUUUCUGCUUUCGCAGCAGUCCUUGCGGAGAAAUACCGAUGAGCAUAAUAUAUAUAUGAACCUCAUAUAGUAUUUCAUGUGUGUGUUUUUCUUUUGUAAUAAAACGUGAAAAAUCCCUUUUGCGUUUUCUUGCGUAAUUUAACGGUGACUUCCUCACCAAGCUGGUUGAGACAAUGUGCAAAGCAGUCAUGAAGGCAAAGGAUGGCUACAAAAUAAAUGCAUUUUGAUUUU